UUCCGCGGCCUCAUUCCCCGGGGAUCGCCGCGAGAGUCCGUCCCGUAAAUGUGGAGCAUUCUGCUGCUUUCCUGCUGUAUCCUGGGGACUGUGCCAGCGCGGAGCGGCCGAGAGCAACGCCUGAGCCCCGAGAAGAGUCGAAUAUGGGGACCCGGGCUAAAAGCAGAUGUCGUCCUUCCCGCCCGCUAUUUCUACAUUCAGGCCGUGGAUGCAUCUGGAAAUCAGUUCACAUCUUCUCCAGGUGAAAAGGUGUUCCAGGUUAAAAUCUCAGCCCCUGAGGAGCAAUUCACUAGAGUUGGAGUCCAGGUUUUAGACCGGAAGGAUGGGUCUUUCAUAGUAAGAUACAGAAUGUACGCAAGCUACAAAAAUCUGAAGAUAGAAGUAAAAUACCAAGGUCACCAUGUGGACAGAUCUCCUUAUAUUUUAAGAGGACCAGUUUAUCAUGAGAAUUGUGACUGUCCUUUGGAAGAUAGUGCAACCUGGCUAAAGGAGAUGAACUGCCCAGAAACCAUUGCUCAGAUUCAGAAAGAUCUGUCACAUUUCCCUACUGUUGAUCCAGAAAAGAUUGCAGCAGAAAUCCCAAAAAGAUUUGGACAGCGACAGAGUCUGUGUCACUAUACUUUGAAAGACAACAAGGUAUAUAUCAAGACUCAUGGUGAGCAUGUAGGUUUUAGAAUUUUCAUGGAUGCCAUCCUGCUUUCUUUGACUAGAAAGGUGAAGAUGCCCGAUGUAGAGUUUUUUGUUAAUCUGGGAGACUGGCCUUUGGAAAGAAAGAAAUCCGAUUCAAACAUUCAUCCAAUCUUCUCUUGGUGUGGCUCCACGGAUUCCAAGGACAUUGUCAUGCCCACCUACGACCUGACCGACUCUGUUCUAGAAACCAUGGGCCGAGUGAGUCUGGAUAUGAUGUCUGUGCAAGCAAACACGGGGCCGCCCUGGGAAAGCAAGAAUUCUACAGCUGUCUGGAGGGGACGCGACAGCCGCAAAGAGAGACUGGAGCUGGUGAAGCUCAGCAGAAAGCACCCAGAGCUCAUUGAUGCUGCCUUCACCAACUUCUUCUUCUUUAAACACGAUGAGAGCCUGUACGGUCCCAUUGUGAAACACAUCUCGUUUUUCGAUUUCUUCAAGCACAAAUACCAAAUCAAUGUGGAUGGUACGGUGGCAGCGUAUCGCCUGCCCUACCUGCUGGUGGGCGACAGUGUUGUGUUGAAGCAGGACUCUAUCUACUAUGAGCACUUCUACAAUGAGCUGCAACCCUGGAAACACUACAUUCCGGUUAAAAACAACCUGAGCGAUCUGCUGGAAAAACUCAAAUGGGCAAAAGAUCAUGACGCAGAGGCAAAGAAGAUAGCAAAAGCGGGACAAGAAUUUGCAAGAAAUAAUCUCAUGGGAGAUGACAUAUUCUGCUAUUAUUUCAAGCUUUUCCAGGAGUAUGCCAACCUACAAGUGAGCGAGCCCCAAGUCCGAGAGGGCAUGAAGAGGGUAGAACCACAGAUGGAGGACGACCUCUUUCCUUGCACCUGCCACAGGACAAAGACCAAAGAUGAACUCUGAAGUGCAAAGUAUCUUCCAUUCAAAUAAUGGUGCUCUGAAGACUUUAACUUUUGCAAAGAAGAUUUUUUUUUUUUAAGUACGAAUUCCAAGGGGCUGGGAAGGUGGC